GGCAUAUUGUGUCUUCCUGGGCUGAAGUGACCUGGCUGCCAGGGCUGUGGGGUUGAGGCCUAACGUGGGGGCUGACUUGCUGGGGGGAGCCAGAGCCCCACAUGGAAAACUCCGCACCUCUCCACGCCCCAGCCCCUGCCCUCUGACUGCCCCAGGCCUCCCUUAGGACAGGAAGCCCCUGCCUGGGGGUAGGAGGAUGGGGACAGAGCCACCAGGACCUGUCCCUGAGAAGCGGCCUCUGUUGGGGAUAUUUACUUGGAGAUUUUAUUCAAAUGGAAGCUGGCGCCUGAGCCUCUCCUCAGGGAAUACCGUGAAGUGGGGAGGGCUGGCCCAGGGUGCCCUCGUCCUCUCCUGCGGUGGCCCAGGCCUGGUGCCAGGACUGCGGGCCUCCCCUCAGCCCCCGACACCCCGGGCUUCCCUGGGUCCAGCAUCUGCCUGGGGCCUUGCCCUGCGAUGUCGCCCCCCACCUCGUGCCCCUUCCUGGUGUUCCCGGGGCGCUGCGGGGCCCAGGGGGGCUGCAGGGCGCAGGCGGCGCUCAGCUGGGCCAUUCUUUCCCGGCCCCCUCCUCCCUUCCGUUUCCGUGGCCGCGCGGCCGGCUGGAGGCUGCGGCCCAGCGCGGAGCAGGGGGGCCGGCAGGCGUCGAGGCCGUCGAGCAGCUCCCGCCCGCCCCUUCCCCUCCAGGCCCGCCCCGGGGCCGGGGCCAACUGAAACCGCGGAGGAGGAAGCGCGGAAUCAGGAACUGGCCGGGGUCGGCACCGGGCCUGAGUCUGUCCGAGGCCGCCCCAGGAGCAGCUGCCCGCGCGGCCGCAGGCCAUCCCAACCCUCCAGUCCCACGCCUGCGUCUCCAGCUGCUGCCUCGCCCCCGGGCUGGCCCCUUUUCUGUCCCAAGGCCGGCACUAUGGGCUUCUCUUCGGAGCUGUGCAGCCCCCAGGGCCAUGGGGUCCUGCAGCAGAUGCAGGAGGCUGAGCUCCGGCUCCUGGAGGGCAUGAGGAAGUGGAUGGCCCAGCGGGUCAAGAGUGACAGGGAAUAUGCGGGGCUGCUCCACCACAUGUCCCUGCAGGACAGCGGGGGCCAGAACCGGGGUAUCCCGGACAGUCCCAUCAGCCAGUCCUGGGCGGAGAUCACCAGCCAGACAGAGGGCCUGAGCCGGUUGCUGCGGCAGCACGCAGAGGACCUGAACUCAGGACCCCUGAGCAAGCUGAGCCUGCUCAUCCGGGAGCGGCAGCAGCUUCGCAAGACCUACAGCGAGCAGUGGCAGCAGCUGCAGCAGGAGCUCACCAAGACCCACAGCCAGGACAUUGAGAAGCUGAAGAGCCAGUACCGGGCCCUGGCACGGGACAGUGCUAAUGCCAAGCGCAAGUACCAGGAGGCCAGCAAAGACAAGGACCGUGACAAGGCCAAGGACAAGUAUGUACGCAGCCUGUGGAAGCUCUUUGCCCACCACAACCGCUACGUGCUGGGUGUGCGGGCGGCACAGCUGCAUCACCAGCACCACCACCAGCGCCUGUUGCCUGGCCUGCUGCGCUCACUGCAGGACCUGCACGAGGAGAUGGCUCGAAUCCUGAAGGAGAUCCUGCAGGAAUACCUGGAGAUUAGCAGCCUGGUGCAGGAUGAGGUGGUGUCCAUUCACCAGGAGAUGGCUGCAGCUGCUGCCCGCAUCCAGCCUGAGGCUGAGUACCAAGGCUUCCUGCGACAGUAUGGGUCCGCACCUGACGUCCCACCCUGCGUCACAUUCGAUGAGUCACUGCUUGAGGAGGGUGAACCGCUGGAGCCUGGAGAGCUCCAGCUGAACGAGCUGACCGUGGAGAGUGUGCAGCACACGCUGACCUCAGUGACAGAUGAGCUGGUUGUGGCCACCGAGACGGUGUUCAGCCGGCAGGAGGUGGUUACGCAGCUGCAGCAGGAGCUCCAGAAUGAAGAGCAGAACACCCACCCCCGCGGACGGGUGCAGCUGCUGGGCAAGAGGCAGGCACUGCAGGAGGCGCUGCAGGGGCUGCAGGUAGCGAUGUGCAGCCAGGCCAAGCUGCAGGCCCAGCAGGAGCUGCUGCAGACCAAGCUGGAGCAGCUGGGCCCCGGCGAGCCCCCGCCUGUGCUGCUCCUGCAGGAUGACCGCCACUCCACGUCAUCCUCGGAGCAGGAGCGAGAAGGGGGAAGGACACCCACGCUGGAGAUCCUUAAGAGCCACAUCUCAGGAAUCUUCCGCCCCAAGUUCUCGCUCCCCCCACCGCUGCAGCUUGUUCCAGAGGUGCAGAAGCCCCUGCAUGAGCAGCUGUGGUACCACGGGGCCAUCCCGCGGGCGGAGGUGGCUGAGCUGCUGACGCACUCUGGGGACUUCUUGGUGCGGGAGAGCCAGGGCAAGCAGGAGUACGUGCUGUCGGUGCUGUGGGACGGCCUGCCACGGCACUUCAUCAUCCAGUCCUUGGACAACCUGUACCGACUGGAAGGUGAAGGCUUUCCCAGCAUUCCCUUGCUCAUCGACCACCUGCUGAGCACGCAGCAGCCCCUCACCAAGAAGAGUGGUGUCGUCCUGCAUAGGCCCGUGCCCAAGGACAAGUGGGCGCUGAACCAUGAGGACCUGGUGUUGGGCGAGCAGAUUGGACGGGGGAACUUUGGCGAAGUGUUCAGCGGACGCCUGCGAGCCGACAACACCCUGGUGGCAGUGAAGUCUUGUCGAGAGACUCUCCCACCUGACCUCAAGGCCAAGUUUCUACAGGAAGCAAGGAUCCUGAAGCAGUACAGCCACCCCAACAUCGUGCGUCUCAUUGGCGUCUGCACCCAGAAACAGCCCAUCUACAUUGUCAUGGAGCUUGUGCAGGGGGGUGAUUUCCUGACGUUCCUCCGCACGGAGGGGGCCCGCCUGCGGGUGAAGACUCUGCUGCAGAUGGUGGGGGACGCCGCUGCUGGCAUGGAGUACCUGGAGAGCAAGUGCUGCAUCCACCGGGACCUGGCUGCUAGGAACUGCCUGGUGACAGAGAAGAAUGUCCUGAAGAUCAGUGACUUUGGGAUGUCCCGAGAGGAAGCUGAUGGGGUCUACGCAUCCUCAGGGGGCCUCAGACAAGUCCCCGUGAAAUGGACUGCACCUGAGGCCCUUAACUAUGGCCGCUACUCCUCCGAGAGCGAUGUGUGGAGCUUCGGCAUCUUGCUCUGGGAGACCUUCAGCCUGGGGGCCUCCCCCUAUCCCAACCUCAGCAAUCAGCAGACGCGGGAGUUCGUGGAGAAGGGGGGCCGACUGCCCUGCCCAGAGCUGUGUCCUGAUGCCGUGUUUAGGCUCAUGGAGCAGUGCUGGGCCUAUGAGCCUGGGCAGCGGCCCAGCUUCAGCACCAUCUACCAGGAGCUGCAGAGCAUCCGAAAGCGGCAUCGGUGAGGUUGGGACCCCCUUCUCCAGCCCGUGGCCUCUGCAGGCCAAGGUGCACCUCCUCAGUGGUUCCAGCUCCCACGUGGACAGCUCUUCAGUCCUGGACUCCUGCCCCCAGCAUCCACACUGCCGGCAGGGUGCAGCUCUGUGUUUUCUUGUGUCCCUGCUCCCGCCAGGGCUUCCUCUCCUGGGCAGAAGCAAUAAAACCACUUGUGCCCACUGAA